UUUGACUGGACAUCGAGAUCUGGUUCCACCCCAUCGUCCAACACCGGCCCUACUUCGGGCCACGGAGGUUCAGGGAAGUAUAUGUACAUUGAAACUUCAUCUCCAAGAGUAAACGGAGACAAAGCAAGACUUAGAUUUACAGGUUCUGAUAGCGGCGCGUUUUGUCUGAAGUUCUUUUAUCACAUGUUUGGAACGUCGGUGGGAACUCUAAACGUGUACAGCGGAAGUAAAAAUGUCUUUACCAAGUCAGGUAGCCAGGGAAAUAAGUGGAUAGAGGCGAAGGUUCCUAUCUCUUCAAGUGGACGAGUUCAAGUGACAUUUGAGGGAGUCAGAGGGAGGUCUUGGUCAGGAGAUAUAGCUAUUGAUGACGUAACCAUAGCGAAAGGAGGUUGUUUCGCCCCACCCACUCCUCCUCCGCCUCCAGCCGGUAAUUGUGGAUCCCGACCAAGUGUUCGAAUCGUUGGUGGCACAGUAGCACCCAGAAACAGCUGGCCUUGGCAAGUAAUGCUGCUGACCACAUCCAAUCAGCAGUUUUGUGGAGGCUCAUUGAUUGACCCUUUGUGGGUGGUAACAGCAGCGCAUUGUGUUACUCGGAAAUCGCCCCGUAGUGUUAGAGUCAGAGUGGGAGCUCAUUUCAGGACAUCACAAUUAGUAGGAACAGAACAGAAUAUCAACGUUGCCCAGAUCAUUUCCCACGAGAAUUAUAGAAAACCAAAGUCCUUCAGCAAUGACGUAGCUCUCCUAAAACUGGCUAAACCCGCUGUACUUGGUCGAGGAGUUGGGCUCGUCUGUUUAUCAAAUCCAAGCAAUGUUCUUCCCAUUGACAAAAGUAAGCACUGCUGGAUAACUGGAUGGGGGACUCUGAAAUCCGGUGGCAGUCAACCCAAGGAACUCAUGCAAGCCAGCGUCCCACUUGUAUCAAAAGCGCGUUGCUUGAGAGCCUAUCCUGGCAAGAUAGACGACACCAUGUUGUGCGCAGGUCUGGACCAAGGCGGAGUGGAUGCUUGUCAAGGCGACAGUGGUGGGCCGCUUGUCUGCGAGUUCAAUGGCAGAUGGUUUUUGGAGGGAGCCACAAGCUGGGGUUAUGGCUGCGCCAGGCCUAACAAGUAUGGAGUGUACGCUAGCAUUGCCCAUCUGAGGUCAUGGAUAACCAACAAGGCAGGCCUUUCACAACCCAGCCCACCUCCACCAGUGACUCCACCGCCGCCGUCCACCCCGGCUCCACCAACGGCAAAACCACCCCCACCUCCAAGUUGUAAUGAUAAUCCCAAAUACGCCGACAUUUGUCCUUCAAUUGCAUCAUGUGGAAACUACUGCAACAAUAACAAAGCUUGGGCGCAAAAAAACUGUCAAAAGUCGUGUAGAAUGUGUCAAGGACAACUCCAAUGUGGUUCCACGCCCAUCUCUCAAUCACGUGUCAUUGGAGGUCAAGAUGCAAAGCCUGGAGCCUGGCCAUGGCAGAUCGCAUUACAGCGUAACAACAGAUUCAUCUGCGGAGGAUCGCUCAUCUCUGCCACUUGGAUCGUUACUGCUGCCCAUUGUGUAGCAAGCAGCAGUAACCCUGCUAGCUACAAAGUAGUUGUGGGAGAUCACAAUCGGAAUGCUAACGAAGGAACAGAGGAGUCAGUUGGUGCCAAGCGAGUAAUUUCUCACCCUCAAUACAAUCGUCCUGGUAGACUGAACAAUGACAUCGCCCUGAUUGAACUCGCUGCGCCUGUGAAACUCUCUGCCAGGGUGAACCCCGUGUGCCUACCGUCUAGCGACUCAAAUGUACCCACAGGAUCAAAAUGUUACAUUACAGGUUGGGGAAAGAUUAAACAUCCGGGAAGUUCUCAUCCUAUUUUACAGCAAGCCAUGAUGCCGCCCAUCGAUCCAGCGAAAUGUCGGCAGAGGAUUCAAGCGAAUGGAGUCUCAAUAUCGUUAACUCCGCAAAUGUUGUGCGCGGGCGUGGACAAUACCAUUUUAAGUGGUUGCCAUGGUGACAGCGGAGGACCGUAUGUGUGCUUGAAUGCGGACGGGAAGACAUACACCUUGCAUGGUGCAGUAAGCUGGGGUUCCUCCAGAUGCGAUGCUAAACAACUUUUUACUGUGUUUGCUCGAGUGACGCAGUACCGAGCGUGGAUCAAACAGCACACUGGGUUAGGUGGAUCACGUCUAAGUUCGGCGGCAAAGCGAUCUUCCUCAGCUUCUUCAAAUGGAGGUCGAAAAUUUUCUGGAAGUUUCCCGAGAUCGUCAAGUAUGGAAAAACCACCCUCUGGAAAGACAAAGAAUAUAGCACAGGGCCUUCUGAGCAAGGAAGAGGAGUAUACGCGACUCAAUGCUGAAUUAGAGGAAAGAACUGCAACUCUGAUAAAAGAAGCAGAGGAAGUGAUGAAACCUGUAGGCAGUAAUACGACUAUGACACAGACAAGGCCUAUGAGUAGUGCAGCAGGCAAACAGGGAAGUAGACCUACUUCAAGAACAAAGAAAACUAGGCCAAAAUCUAAAACAGCAUCAGCACCUGGAAGUGUACCUCACACUCCUGUACCCUCUGAUGACCUAAUUGAUAUGCUUCAGGAUAGGAUAACUCUGGCAAACACAAUCAGCACGCUAGAGAAUGAAGCCCAAGACAAUAAUUAUACUACAACUACAACUGACAACAGUGUUUUGCCAGUUGGUGCUGAGGAGAUGGGAUCAGAAGCUACAAUCAGAUUCCUUAAGGCAAAACUGAGAGUUAUGCAAGAAGAAUUAGACAGAGAUGAGAAAAAAUCAGCAAUAGAGAAGAAGGUCAAGGAACUGACUGAGGAACAGGGCAGAUUACAAAAAACAAAUCAGGGAUUACAGUUUACCUUUCAGACAGCUGCAACUUUUAAGUUUACACAGGGUAAAUUUCGAAGGUGUAGGAUCUGUUAUAAAAGUAGCCAAGAACUCUUGACAAUCACAUCUUCAGGUUUCAGCAAGAUGAGGGUAUUCGCUGUCUUGUGCUGUUUGAUUGUUGGGGAAGUUUUGUCUGGGGAAGCAUCCUCUUGUAACUUUGAAAGUGGUGUGUGUUCUGGCUGGACUCAGGAUAAGUCAGAUAAUUUUGACUGGACAUCGAGAUCUGGUUCCACCCCAUCGUCCAACACUGGCCCAUCUUCGGGCCACGGAGGUUCAGGGAAGUAUAUGUACAUUGAAACUUCAUCUCCAAGAGUAAACGGAGACAAAGCAAGACUUAGAUUUACGGGUUCUGAUAGCGGCGCGUUUUGUCUGAAGUUCUUUUAUCACAUGUUUGGAAGGUCGGUGGGAACUCUAAACGUGUACAGCGGAAGUAAAAAUGUCUUUACCAAGUCGGGUAGCCAGGGAAAUAAGUGGAUAGAGGCGAAGGUUCCUAUCUCUUCAAGUGUACGAGUUCAAGUAACAUUUGAGGGAGUCAGAGGGAGGUCUUGGUCAGGAGAUAUAGCUAUUGAUGACGUAACCAUAGCGAAAGGAGGUUGUUUCGCCCCACCCACUCCUCCUCUGCCUCCAGCCGGUAAUUGUGGAUCCCGACCAAGUGUUCGAAUCGUUGGUGGCACAGUAGCACCCAGAAACAGCUGGCCUUGGCAAGUAAUGCUGCUGACCUCAUCCAAUCAGCAGUUUUGUGGAGGCUCAUUGAUUGACCCUUUGUGGGUGGUAACAGCAGCGCAUUGUGUUACUCGGAAAUCGCCCAGUAGUGUUAGAGUCAGAGUGGGAGCUCAUUUCAGGACAUCACAAUUAGUAGGAACAGAACAGAAUAUCAACGUUGCCCAGAUCAUUUCCCACGAGAAUUAUAGAAAACCAAAGUCCUUCAGCAAUGACGUAGCUCUCCUAAAACUGGCUAAACCCGCUGUACUUGGUCGAGGAGUUGGGCUCGUCUGUUUAUCAAAUCCAAGCAAUGUUCUUCCCAUUGACAAAAGUAAGCACUGCUGGAUAACUGGAUGGGGGACUCUGAAAUCCGGUGGCAGUCAACCCAAGGAACUCAUGCAAGCCAGCGUCCCACUUGUAUCAAAAGCGCGUUGCUUGAGAGCCUAUCCUGGCAAGAUAGACGACACCAUGUUGUGCGCAGGUCUGGACCAAGGCGGAGUGGAUGCUUGUCAAGGCGACAGUGGUGGGCCGCUUGUCUGCGAGUUCAAUGGCAGAUGGUUUUUGGAGGGAGCCACAAGCUGGGGUUAUGGCUGCGCCAGGCCUAACAAGUAUGGAGUGUACGCUAGCAUCGCCCAUCUGAGGUCAUGGAUAACCAACAAGGCAGGCCUUUCACAACCCAGCCCACCUCCACCAGUGACUCCACCGCCGCCGUCCACCCCGGCUCCACCAACAGCAAAACCACCCCCACCUCCAAGUUGUAAUGAUAAUCCCAAAUACGCUGACAUUUGUCCUUCAAUUGCAUCAUGUGGAAACUACUGCAACAAUAACAAAGCUUGGGCGCAAAAAAACUGUCAAAAGUCAUGUAGAAUGUGUCAAGGUAAGUUCCAUGGUGCGCUCCCUGAGAAAUACGAACAGAGUACAAAAAAAGGUGGAAAACUUCUGUGUUCAGUUUUCCGAGAAUACCGCGACACAAUUUUGAGUCGACGCAUGCAAAAGGUCCGCUAAAAUAGUCAACGACUG